GACGGAAGGAGAACGAGGACAUCAGGAGGAGACAGGUGACGCAUGACUGCGGGACGGCGCCCAUGGACCAGGCUUCCACUCAACGUCAGGCGCAGUAACGCGGCACGGCCAGCGGGGGGCGCUACUGCACUGACAGAAGGGAAGAAAACAUGAGCCCAAUCCCCUGUGAACUCGACCCCCCCCCACCCGAGUACCGCACCGUGCGGCGAGCGGAGAGUUUGCGCGGCUCGUCCACGCAGCUCUCGCGAACGCGGCGCGUUUCGGACACGCGGACACGUGGACACGUGGAAGGCGAAGCGCUUUCGGCGCGGGACGGAGGAGACCGAGUCCGACUCGAGAGGUCGAAGAGUUUCUCGGAGUUCUGCUGUCCUGCCGCCCUCGGCUCCAAGGAGAGGAGAAGAGAGGAGAGGUGGAAAGAUCCAGAGCCCGAGCGCGAGCGGGGGGGAGUGUCACACUCGCGAUCGUCGGAGAAAACGAGCGGAGUGCGGUUCGAGGCGCACGUGAAGCGACGCACACCGACGGCGGGCACCCGCCGCGAUCCCCCACGCUGACCCGCUGGCUUGCGCACGGCGACACCCCCCUCUACCCCCCACGGGGCUGCAGCUGGACGUGCCCGGGAGACCCGUGCGCCUCCGGGUUGUCCGACGCUGAGUGGUCCCCGGGUGCCGCUGCGGAGAGACAUGCCUGCUGUGCACGCGAGCUCGGAGGGAGCCGCCAGGGCACGCCAGUAAGCACGCAGCAACACCCGCAGAGCUGAGGCCCUACACCUUGUCCCUCUACCCAGCGACACACCUGGCCCGGCCCUGCCCCACCCCGCCAGGAGUCAUGGCCUUCACCUUGUCGGAGAUCAUGGCGGCGCGCCGACAGCAGCGUGGCGCCCGGGCGGCAGUGGACGUGGACGAGUACAGUGCCAACCCCACCCAGGCCUUCACCUUCUACAACAUCAACCAGGGGCGCUUCCAGCCCCCGCAUGUACACAUGGUGGAGCCUUUGCCCCACGACACCCCAAAGCCCCCCGGCUACACCCGCUUCGUGUGUGUCUCGGACACACACUCGCGCACGGAUGCCAUGCAGAUGCCCUACGGUGACGUGCUUCUCCACGCCGGUGACUUCACUGAGCUUGGCCUUCCCAGCGAGGUCAAGAAGUUCAACGACUGGCUAGGCACCCUACCCUAUGAGAUCAAAAUCGUCAUCGCCGGCAACCACGAGCUCACCUUUGACCAGGAGUUCAUGGCUGAUCUCAUCAAGCAAGACUUCUACUACUUCCCUUCGGCAUCCAAGCUGAAGCCGGAAAACUACGAGAACGUCCAGUCCCUGCUCACCAACUGCAUCUACCUGCAGGACUCGGAGGUGACCGUCAGGGGCUUCCGCAUCUACGGUUCCCCAUGGCAGCCCUGGUACUACGGCUGGGGCUUCAACCUGCCCCGCGGCCAGGCCCUGUUGGAUAAAUGGAACCAGAUCCCCGACUCUACGGACAUCCUGGUCACACACUGCCCCCCGCUGGGGUUCCUGGACUGGGUCCCGAAGAAGAUGCAGCGCGUUGGGUGUGUGGAGCUGCUCAACACGGUGCAGCGGCGGGUGCAGCCCAAACUCCACGUGUUCGGGCACAUCCAUGAAGGCUAUGGGGUGAUGACAGACGGUGUCACCACCUUCAUCAACGCUUCCGCCUGCACGGUCAACUUCCAGCCCAUGAACCCACCCAUAAUCUUUGACCUACCCACUCCAAGGAGCACAUGAUCACGAAAGAGCCCCUGCCCGUUCUCUCCCCACGCCCGCAGACCCCCGGGUGAUGAGCAGGGGUGUAGAAUGGGGAGCAGGUUGUAAAUAUGCAAGGUUCUGCAGGAUCUCGCGGCGUGUGCGGCUGCCCCAGCUUCCUGUCGAGUCUCAGUGCGCGGCUGUCUUGUGUACCCUCAUCCUUUUUUAUUUCCUCUCCUAAAAUGUUCUUCAGCGUGAGCAGUUGUGCGACAACUGCCAUCCUCUGGGAAGAUGGAUGUUCCAGCAUUACUGUUGUUUCUUUUUUUAUUUAUUUUUUCAAACUUUUGUUGACUCGGGUCGGUUGACAAUCUCUCGUGGCAGCCCUCGAACCGAAAUGCGUCGAUUCCAACUUUUUCAAAGGCAGCUCUGCGGCGCUGCGCCUCCGCUGCCGCCGGUCGCUCCUCCGGGGGAUUUGCCCGGUGGGUGUUUUGGUUACACUUCGCUCGCUGGAUGCGCUGCAGAGAGUAGCGGCAGCGAACUGCAUUUACUUCGUGGCCACAGGCCCCGCCCCCCUGAGGACGACUGCGGAACCGCUGAGUGACUGCACGACUCGACGAACACGGAUCUUUGGAACUUCGCGAGUCCUGGAACACAUGCGGCCCAGACCCUGGUACCGAAUCGCGCCCCUCCGCUCCCUGACGCCGGUCCCACAAAAUCCUUUGUCACAUCAAGGCCCGGUCCUGAUGAUGUGUGCCCCAGCCAGGCCCCGGGAUGUGCAGAUCAAAGCGGCAGGGACGGCGCAGGAAGCCUACGCCACGGGCCCUGUUUGAAAUUGAAUGUCAGGCGCAUUGACACCCCUCUUUGGGGAUUCAUUAAAACUUUCUGUAAGCUUCUUAUAGAUCUAAAAAUGUGUUGAGGGGCUCCCCUUUGCUCUCUGUGUAAUUUUCCUGUGCCUAAUAAGCUCAACCUCUCAUCAUCUGCUGAAGCGUCAUGUUGCCAACAAGUUUAUUUCAGGGUCACCAGCAGUUAUCUCUUUUCAGAUAAUUGUUACUCGCCUGUGCUUUGCACUGUGGAAUCAGAAAAGUAUGGUGUGUAUUAAUUCUAUCUUUUGACCUUUGUGAAUGGGCAAUCACAUUUCCUACUGCAUCUCCGAUCUACCAUAAAAAAAAGUAUCUUUCUGGAAUGCGGAAUAUUUGUGUGUGUUUGUGUGUGUGUGUGUGUGUGUGUGUGUGUGGCACAGGUUCCAGGCAGCGAUAACAUUCCAGACGUUAAAUUAUAGUUUAUCCGCUACUAGGGAAGAUGUUUUAAGUUACUUCAUACUUGACUGGUAAUGUGAAGGACUGAAAUUAAAUGUUUGCCCAGAAAAAUACUUCUUUUUUUAAAACCCAGUUUCUUUACGAAAUCCACAGCACUUGUCCUCUUGACAGUUUCUGUAUGCAGAGUUCUGACAAGGAGCGUGUCACGGCGUGGUUGUAUUUGUCUGUGUACGUCUGGUACUGUUACUCUUGCUAACCCAUUUUGCCAUUUUGCACAAAAUUUUGAGUUCAGGUUAACCACUGUAAACAGUGAUCUUUUUAAUUAGUUACACAGAGUAAUUUAAUGCCACUUUUUUUCAG